CCAAAAACCGCACAAAACAAAAACAAAACAAAACAGUGUCUUUGAUUACGAGAGAGAGAGAACAAAACAAUCAACACAAUGGCUUCUGAGCAAAUGCCUCGCAGAGAGAACAACAGCAAUAGGGUGAUAGAGAGAGAGGUUCACGUUGAGACACACAGAAAAGAGUCCCUCCCUGAUAAGGGAAGGGUUGUGAUAGAGAGUGAGAAGAAGGAGAAAGAGAGAGAGUUGGCUUCUGAUAGAGCCAGGUCUGGAAAUAUAGUUAAGGAGGACAAAGAGGUUGAAGAAGGAAGAAGAGGAAAAGAAAGUGGUGGUGGUGGUGGUGUUCAGCAUGAGAGGAAGUUUGAAACGAAAGUUGAAGAGAAGAAGGGUUUUGGGGAAAAGGCUGAACUCGAGGGAAUAACAAGAGUGGUGGUGGGAAGAGAGUGCAGCAAAGAGGAGAAACAAGGAAGAACAAGAGAGAAAGUAGAGGCAGAGAAAGCAAGAUCAAUGGAGAAAACUAGAGAUGAAGCUAAAGGAAGAGAACAAGCUGAAACCAAAGGUCAAACCAAGAAGGGUGGUGGUGAGGAACAGGGAAGAAGAAGAGAAGAAAUAGGAGAAGAAAAUAAACAAUCCAGCCUCGAAGAGAUUUCUAAAUGCAGAGCUGAAGCUGAAGAGAAAGUUAAGGAGAGAAAGGAGAGAUCAAAACAAGCAGCAAGUAAUGAAGCUGCCAAAGAGAGAAACAAGCAGGCAAAUAAGGAGGCAACAAAGGCAAAAGAUGUCACAAGAGAGAAGGGUCAACAAGGCAAUCUUAAAACAGGAAAUGAGACACAAGACAUUGGCCAAAAGGGUUAUGGUGGAGCAAAGGAUACCAUUGGUAGAGUGGACAACAUUACUACACCACUUGCUAAAAAGGCUCAAGUUGCUGGUAGCACCACUGUUCAGUAUGCUGGAGAGAAAUCAGCACAAGCCAAAGAUGCUACGGUAGGAUCAAUGGAGAAAACUACAAAGGAUGCUAAAGGAAGAGAAAAAGCAGGAACCAAAGGUCAAACAAAGAAGGGUGGUGGUGAGGAACAAGGAAAAAGAAGAGAAGAAACAGGAGAAGAAAAACAAUCCAGCCUGGAGGAGAUUUCUAAGCACAGAGCUGAAGCUCAACAAAAAGCAAUGAGUUCAAUUGAAGGUGCUAAGGAGAGAUACGAGAGAGCAAAACAAGAAGCAAGUAAAGCUUCCAAAGAGAGAAACAUUCAAGCAAAUAAGAGGGCUGAAGAAGAAAGAAGAAAAGCAGAAAGUGGUAGGGGUGUUCAUGUGGAUAAGUUUGAAGAGAAGAAGGAUUCAGUGCUGAAAGCAGAACUCGAGAGAAGAACAAGAGAGGUAGAGGGAAGAGAGUGGAACAAAGAGGAGAAACAAAGAAGUUGUCCAAGAGGGAAAGUAGAGGCAGAGAAAGCAAGACCAAUGGAAGAAACAAAACUGGAAGCUAAAGGAAGAGAAAAAGCUGAAACCAAAGAGGGUGGUGGUGAGGAAAAAGGAAUGAGAAGAGAAGAAAUAGGAGAAGAAAAUAAACAAUCCAGCCUGGAAGAGAUUUUUAAGUACAGAGCUGAAGCUCAACAGAAAGUUAAGGAGAGAAACGAGAGAGCAAAACAAGCAGCAGAAGCUGCCAAAGAGAGAAACAAGCAGGCAAAUAAAGGGAAUGAAGAAGGCAGAAGAGAAAGAGAAAGUGGUGGGGGUGUUCAUCAUGAGGCUAAGUUUGAAACUAAAGGUGAAAAAAAGAAGGAUUUAGUGGGAAGAGAGCGGAACAAAGAGGAGAAACAAAGAAGCAGUCCAAGAGGAAAAGUAGAGGCAGAGAAAGCAAGACCAAUGGAAGAAACAAAGGUGGAAGCUAAAGGAAGAGAAAAAGAUGUAACCAAAGAGGGUGGUGUUGAGGAACAAGGAAGAGGAAGAAAAGAAAAUGAACAAUCUAGCUUGAAAGACAUUUCCAAGUACAGAGCUGAAGCUCAACAAAAUUCAUUCAAUGCUACUGAAGCUGCUAAGGAAAGAUACGAGAGGGCAAACCAAGCGACAAGUGAAGCUGCCAAAGAGAGAAACAAGCAGGCAAAUAAGGAGGCAACAAAGGCAAAAGAUGUCACAAGAGAAAUGGAUCAACAAGGCAAUCUUAAAACAGAAAAUGAGACACAGGACAAUGACCAGAAGGGUUAUGGUGGAGCAAAGUACACCAUUGGUAGUGUGGACCACAUUACUACACCAUUUAUUGUAGAGGCCAAUCUUAAAUCAGAAAAUCAGAUACAAGACAAUGGCCAAAAGGGUUAUGGUGGAGCAAAGGACACAAUUGGUAGUGUAGACCACAUUACUACACCACUUGCUGAAAAGGCCAAAGCUGCUGGUAGCACCACUGCUCAGUAUGUUGGGGAGAAAGCAGCACAAGCCAAAGAUGCUACUGUGCAAACUGGCAAGAGUGCUGCAAAAGUUGCCUCAGAUUUGAGGGACAAGGCUUUGGCCACAGGGUGGAGUGCUGCACAUUAUUCUACUGAGAUAACUGUGGAGGGAACCAAGGCUGCAACAAAUGUUGUUAAGGGAGUUGCUGAGUAUGCAGGACAGAAGGCUUCUGAGCUUGCAGCUAUGUCAGUGGAUACUGCGAAAGGUUUAGCUGCUGCUGCAGCUGGGGAGAAUGCCAAGGAGUACACUGCAAGGAAGAAGGUGGAAGCUGAGAUGGAUUUGGAGGCCAAAAGGGAAGCUCAAAAUCAGGAAUCGAAGGAGUGGCCAUCAGCAAAAUCCACCACUGAGAGCAUUCAAAGAGGACAAGGACAACAAGAACAGCAUGAGCAAGGAGAAAAAUGGGAACAUGGUGCACAAAGGACUAAUAAGCCACAUGAAAGCAACAUUGUGGAAACCUUUGAGGAAAACCUAGGUGGGAUUGGGGAAAAAAGGGAACAAAAACCACUUGGAAGCAUCAUUGGAGAGAGCUUUCAAGGAGUUCAAGAAAAAGGGAGUGAAGUGAUGGCAAGCAUUGGUGAAAAACUGGGAAGUGCUGCACAUACAUUAGUGAAGAAGCCAUUGGAUAAGGCCACUGAGGGAGGGAGAGAGGUGUUGGGAGCUGUAGGUGAAACUGUGGUUGAGAUUGGUGAAAACAUGGUGAAAAAACCAGCACAGAAAGUGCAGCAGCAUCAAGGUGAAGGUGGAGGAGGGGUGCUGAAUGCCAUUGGUGAAACCAUAGCAGAGAUAGCAGAGACAACUAAGGUGAUUGUUGCUGGAGAGGGAGAAAAGGAGAUAAUAGUAAAAACACAUGAAUUUGAAUAUGGAGACUUGAAACUUGAUUAGUGAAUUGCUGCAUUGCAUGGAUGUUCAUGACAAGUUGGUUUAUGGAAGGAAAUCUAUCAUGAAGUACAUAGCUGCAAAAAGUUCCACGUUUUAUGGAGUUGUAAAAAAAUAAGAAUAAGAAUGUCUUGUUGUAAUACUAUAUAUAGUAAUAAUAAUGUGUAGCUGCAUGAUGUUUAUUAUAAUAAAGUUGUUUUAUUUAUGGAAAUCUAUCAUGCAGAUGCAGUACAUGUUCCACGCUUUGUGGAGUUGUAAAUAAAUAAGAAUGUCUUUUUGUGAUUAUAUAGUGUGUAGGUCUUGUACUGUUAUUACAUCAUCUCACGACAACAAUAAAUGUAAUCAGUCCCUGCAUUAAGAAAAUUUAUGUUGCCUUCA